GAGAAGGGGGCCGUAAAUGCGAGCGAGCCCCUCUUCAGCCCCCCUUCUCUCAGGUUGCCAAACAAACACACAAACUCCUCUCUGUCGCGAUUGUUUUCAAAGCAAUACCAGCACGCCGACACUAGAGGGCAGAAGCGGGGAUUUCCGCCGGUGUCCUUCACGCAGUUCUUCUACGGUUCGUGCUCAGAGCGUCACUUCCUUUUCCAAGAUGGCGGCGGUGCACGGGCCUGUGGUGAAGAUCCACCCGGUGGUUCUCGCGUCUAUCGCGGACUCGUACGAGCGCAGGAACGAGGGCGCGAGCCGGGUGAUCGGGACUUUAUUAGGAACGAUAGAUAAACACUCAGUGGAAGUGACCAACUGUUUCUCAGUUCCACACAAUGAGUCUGAGGAUGAGGUGGCUGUGGACAUGGAGUUCGCUAAGAACAUGUAUGAGCUCCAUAAGAAGGUCUCUCCCAGUGAAGUCAUCAUCGGGUGGUAUGCCACAGGAUAUGACAUCACAGAGCAUUCGGUGUUAAUUCAUGAGUAUUAUAGUCGUGAGGCUCAGAACCCCAUACACCUGACUGUGGACACGGCGCUGCAGAGCAACAAGAUGAGCAUCCGCGCAUACGUCAGUGCACAGAUGGGCGUUCCAGGGAAAACUGUUGGUGUGAUGUUCACGCCUUUAACAGUGAAGUAUGUUUUCUACGACACCGAGCGGAUCGGAGUUGAUCUCCUGCAGAGGUCUCGUGCGUCUCCCAGUCGCACCAACGGCCUGACCUCUGACCUGUCUCAGGUGGCGAGUUCAGCUGGACGCAUACAGGAAAUGCUCACCAUCGUCCUGGCGUACAUUGAGGACGUGCUGUCUGGGAAGGUGACGGCAGACAACAGUGUGGGUCGUAAUCUCAUGGACCUCGUCAACAAAGUGCCCACCAUCUCAGCAGAGGACUUCGAGAGCAUGCUCAACUCCAACAUCAACGACCUCCUGAUGGUCACGUACCUGGCGAAUCUCACUCAAGCUCAGAUUGCUCUUAAUGAGAAACUUGUUGUUUUGUAAUUAAAAAUAAAGACAUGUUUAUCCCUC